AUGCCGAGUCACCACCGACAUCGCAACGUAUUGCGACUUUUUCUUCUUGUUACUGUUCAUGUUCUAUUGGGCGCUACAGAAAAUGUGUACUGCACCUAUUAUCGUGAAACCAAUGAAAUCACUUGCGGAAUAGUUACUUGUGCGACACACAUUCCUCCACAUGCCGAUCUCGAGAAGGAGGGUUUAGACGUGAAACUUCCACGUGGUUGGUACCGGAUCGGAAUGCAAACGAUACGCAACGAUCAUUCAUGGUUCAAUUUAUAUCGUCGAAGAGCAACAGGAAGUGGCUACUGGGAUUUUUACACGAAUAUUCCUGAACGCAAUUGCAUAGGUGGAUUCGGUAUCCAUGCUGGUAAAAAUAUACCAGGGGCAGUAACUUUGAAAGAUCCUUCAUGUUUCUCCAAAUUGGCCGACCAGAUUGAGAAGAAGUCCACAACGGAGAAAUUUGACGUACACCAAUGUCGAAAUUGUAUUUUUCACAGUUGUUGGCUAGGAACCCGUAUAUUGCCCGGUGCUCGACAGUACACAACUAAUCUGAGAAGCUACUAA